CAUGCUCAUUGCUCACUGCAACUAUCUUGUUUAAUUAAUUUUAGAUUAAUUAAUUAAUAAAUUAAAUAUUUGGGUUUUGGAUCUGCAGUUAGGUAGCUAGCAUGGCCGGAGACCGUUACAGUAGCCAAGUGUCUCGCUACCUUGAGGAGAAGAUGACCCGACACAACUUCCCGUCCGACUUCAUGUGGGGCGCCGCCACUUCUACGUACCAGAUCGAAGGUGGCUAUGUAGAGGAUGGCAAAUCACCCAACAACUGGGACUUUUGGACCCAGCAGAACCCUGAUAAAGUUAAGGGGGGCACAAAUGGCACCGUUGCUAUUGAUCACUACAACAGAUAUAAGGAAGACGUGGCCCUCAUGAAGAAACUUGGCCUCAACAGUUACAGAUUUUCACUGUCAUGGUCGAGAAUAUUACCCGGCGGGAGACUGAACGGCGGCGUAAAUAAGGAAGGAGUUAAGUUCUACAACGACCUCAUCGACCUGCUCAUCGCUGAAGGAAUCGAGCCGUUGGUGACCAUCUUCCACUUUGACCUCCCUCAAUGCCUGCAAGCAGAAUACGGCGGCUUCCUCAGCCCUCGUGCUAUAGAGGAUUUUGCGGAGUUUGCGGAGGUGUGUUUCUUCGAAUUCGGCGACCGGGUGAAGUUCUGGCUGACGCAGAACGAGCCGUGGUCGUUCACCAUCGGAGGCUACGUAUUGGGAACUUUCCCGCCGGGGCACGGCUCAGCCGUGGCGCCGAGUGUCCAGCGGCUUGGUACAGCUUACAGGCUCCUCGUUCCAGGAGUCAGCCGACGGGUUGCCGACGACGGCGGCGACGGCGCCGCCACGGAGCCGUACAUCGUGGCUCACCAUCUAAUUCUGGCUCAUGCGAGGGCAGUUGAAAUCUACAGAAACAACUUUCAGGCAGUUCAAGGCGGGAAAAUUGGCGUCACCAAUAUGACCACAUGGUACGAGCCGUACAGCGACUCGCAGGAGGACAUCGACGCCGCCGCCAGAGCCGUCGACUUCUCUUGGGGAUGGUUUGUUUCGCCGAUAGUGUACGGAGAUUAUCCGGCGGUGAUGAGAGAGCGCGUGGGCGACCGUCUCCCUCAAUUUACUGAAGCAGAAAAACUGAUGGUGAAGGGUUCCUACGAUUUCAUAGGAAUGAAUUAUUACACUACCAAUUGGGCUGCCAACAGAACGCCCAUUCCUGGUGAACAGACCACUUAUUACACAGAUCAAGGAGUCGAUUACUACACUGAACGGGACGGUGUUCCAAUUGGGAGACAGGCUGGAUCGGAUUGGCUGUACGUGGUUCCACGCGGCAUAUACGAACUUCUGAUGCACAACAAGAACGAGUACAAUGAUCCCAUAAUUUACAUCACUGAAAACGGAGUAGAUGAGAAAAACGACACAGAUCUAACAGUGUCGGAGGCCCGACACGACCCGGAGAGAAUCAGCUACCAUAUUCAACAUCUGGCCUACAUGAGGCUGGCCAUUGACCAAGGUGUGAAGCUUAAGGGGUACUACCCGUGGGCGUUGUUCGAUAACUUCGAGUGGACGGAAGGAUACACGGUGCGAUUUGGGUUCUAUUGGGUGGACUAUGUGAAUAACUUGAAGAGAUAUCCCAAGGCCUCGGCCAUAUGGCUAAUGAAUUUUCUUAAUCCCAACAUUGCCCCGACGACAAUUAAGCGACAAGUCAUGGAAAUUGCCGAUGCUAAGGUUACCGAUACUCCUGCUGCAAAGAAGAGGAAAGGUCGUUAGGCUUAUUAGAUCGAUCAAUAUUGGAAUCAUGUGUGGCCAAUUAAUUAUUUGUCUUCAUUUCGGAAUUAUCCUUUUGUUGUUGUUUGUCAUUUUUCGAGUUUUAUGUUUGGUGUGUUGUGCUUGAACAUUAAUAAUACAGAGGUUUCUGUCCAUUGGCCUUAAAGAA